GUCUGAAAGUUUGCAGUUUGGGAUCAGCUGAGUAUCUGCAAACUCUCGUUGGGUUGCCUGCUGCUUCAAGGAUGAACGAGCUCAAAGUAGCAGUUCUGGGCAGCGAAGGAACAGGAAAAUCCGCCCUUACAGUGCGCUUUCUAACCAGACGUUUUAUUGGAGAAUAUGCCUCUGACUCUGAAUGUAUCUAUACCAAACAUAUGUGCCUGGAUGGGAAGCAAAUUAACCUUGAAAUAUAUGACCCCUGUUCACAACCACGGCAAGGGAAGUUGUCCCUAACAGAUGAGCUCCACUGGGCUGAUGGGUUUGUCAUUGUGUAUGACAUCAAUGACAGGGCCUCCUUUGCUUAUGCAAAAGCUCUGCUGUACAGGAUACGAGAGUGCCACACGGGAGCUUCCAAAAGAGCUUCAGAGUCCACCGUUGUUUUGGUUGGCAACAAGCAAGACCUAUGCCAUAGCAGAGAAGUCGGCUGGGACGAAGGGCAGAAGCUGGCCCUGGAUUACAAAUGCCAAUUCUGUGAACUGUCGGCGGCAGAACAUAGUCAAGAAGUGGUGGCCAUGUUCACAAAGCUGCUGAAGAACAUCACCUCUAACUCCAAAUGGAAGGAGAAGCGACGGCCCAGUGGAUCAAAAUCCAUGGCCAAGUUGAUCAACACCAUGUUUGGGAAAAGGAGGAAGUCCGUUUAGCGGAAGGUCUAUGAUGUCCAGUAUGCACGGAACGCAAAUAGCAUGAAGGUCUGAGACGUACAGUGACCCUUCCAAUAUACUGGUUUCGAAGAGCUCUAUUGGAAGAGAAAUUAUGGAGGACUGUGGAGUGGUUGAUACAUGUGUGUUCAUCACUUGAAGUUUCAUUGCUUGAUGGCUCUCAGGAAAACGUAUGAACUGUUGCCAUUGAAAAGUGCUCUGUUUGAGUUGACAUGCCAUGAUUCAUAAGUUCUAUCUUGGUAAUUAAUGUGUGAAGACUAGUUCACAUGUGCAAGUCCACACUUUGUGCUACCAUCAGUGAUGGUGGGUGAAUAAUAUUGGCCCCCUACUGAGCUAUGGCUGCAAUCCUACACACCUCUUCCUGAAUUCAGUGGGAUUUACUUUUGAGUAAGCAUACAUAGGAUUGCAAAACAAUGGGACUUAGGUAAAUUGCAACUGACGUUGCAACUAAUGAUAGCCGGAUCGGGUCUGGCAUGUGAGAAUGUCAAAGAGAAAUGUUGAGAACUGACUGAUGUCACAAUGUAUGUGGAUUCCAAGUCUCUGGGGUCUUUCUCAGUCUGCCUUUCAUCUGCUCCAGUUUAAGAAAGUGGCUUUUUCUCUGCAUCUUUUUCUCAUUUAUACAGUUUGUAAGAUCUCUGGGGCAAGGGCUCUUCUUGUCUGCUCAAAGCUAUAUUGCCUAAUUCUAUUUAAAGCUUUGGGGUACACUAGAUUACCUGCAAUAAUUGGUUUUCUUAGAAACCAUUUUAGUGCCUUUUAUACAUGACUGUGAUUGAGAGGGCCAAGGAGGUGUUGGCAAAUUUGGAUUUGCACAAAAUAAAAAAGAAUUCUGGAGCUGAAGGGAAAGGAUUGAAGGCUUAGCAAUUUUAUGCCUGCAACUAAGGCCUCUCAAGCAGACUUCCAUAAGAGUGAGCUGGACGAGACUGGGCAGUGAUCGGGACGGUCUUGGAUUCAAAUCUCUCCUCUGCCACAAAUUCACUGAGCAGGGCAUUUUUUCUUAUUCCUAGACUCCCACCAGCUGCAAUAUAGGGGCCUGCCUUACGGAGCUGCUGUAAGUUUUGCAGGAAGAUAAUGUAUGUGAAGCACAGAAAGUGCUAUAUGUAAAUAUUAAGUAUUACAGUAUU